AUGAAAGGCCUUCUCAUAAACUGCCAAGGCAAAACCGAAGAAGCUUUCCAGAUUGCCAAAGAAGCCUUGAAGCAAGAUAUGAAAUCCCAUGUCUGCUGGCACGUCUACGGUCUCCUUUACCGCAGUCAGAAAAACUUCGAUGAAGCCAUCAAGGCCUACAAAAUGGCACUUCGCUUCGAACCGGAUUCCCAACAGAUCCUACGCGACCUUGCACUCCUACAAGUCCAGAUGAGGGAUUACAACGGUUAUAUCGAAAGUCGACGGUUGAUGGUUAUGAGCAAGCCCCAGAUAAGACAGAAUUGGACUGGUCUGGCGAUUGCAUACCACCUCGCGGGAAAUCUAUCAGAAGCCGAGAGCGUCCUUGCUAAGUACGAGGAAACUUUGAAGCAACCACCACCACGAACGGACCUUGAGAACUCGGAGGCGAUAUUGUAUAAGAAUUACAUUAUUGCGGAAGCUGGAGAUUACCAAAAGGCGUUGGAUCAUUUGGAGGCUAUUUCCAGAACCGCUGUCGACAAAGUUGCGAUCUUGGAGGCGAGGGCGGAAUAUAACUUGAAGCUAGGGAACAAUGAGGCUGCAGAGAAGGGAUAUAGGGUCUUAUUGGAGAGGAAUCCUGAAAAGAGGCUAUACUAUACAGGAUUGGAGAAGAGUUUGGGACUUGAAGGAGAGGAGAGACUGAGGGUUUAUGAGGAGUUGGCUGAACAGUAUCCGAGAGCGGAUGCGCCAAAGCGGAUACCGUUGGAUUUCCAAGAAGGUGAUGCUUUCAAGUCUGUGGCACAGAAGUAUUUGGAUUGGAGACUGAAGAGAGCUGCUCCAUCGACAUUUACCAGCCUAAAAGCUUUAUAUGGAGAUGUUGCGAAACGAGAAUGUCUAGAAUCACUCGUCGAAGAGUUCCUGGCAAAGACACGAGAAGAGAAGCCUGUUGAGAAUGGAGAGAGCCUUACGAACGGCAGCUCAACCCCCAAUAACAGCGUUUUGAUCUACACUCUUUACUAUCUCUCACAACAUCACGACCACUGGCGGAUACGAAAUACCGAAAAGGCACUUUCCUAUAUCAACGAAGCGUUGGAAUUAGCACCAGACAACGCCGACCAAGGCGAGUUGAAACUUGGCUUGGCGCGCAUCCUGAAGCAUGCCGGUGAUGUUAGAAAGGCAAUGGAGGAGAUGGAUAGUGCACGACAGAAGGACAAGAGCGACAGGUACUACAAUACCAAAUGCUCGAAGUACAUGCUUAGGAAUGACUGUAAUGAGGAGGCUAUCAAGACGAUGGGUUUGUUUACAAGGAACGAUGUCAACGGCCCACUUGGCGACCUUCUGGAGAUGCAGUGUGUUUGGUAUAUCACAGAAGAUGGAGAAUCCUAUGUUCGUCAGGGCAAGUUAGGGCUUGCGCUAAAACGGUUCCACGCAAUCUACAAGAUAUUCGAAGAUUGGACCGACGACCAAUUUGACUUCCAUUCGUUCUCACUUAGGAAGGGCAUGAUCAGAGCUUAUAUUGAGAUGGUAAGAUGGGAGGACAGUCUGUGGUCGCAUCCGUUCUUCAGGAGGGCCGCGGUAAAUGCUAUCAAACUUUACUUGCUGCUAAACGACAAACCGCAUUUGGCUCAUGGUUCCUUGGCGAAUGGAACUGGUGAUGAUGCGGUGGAUUUUGAAAGUUUGAGCACUGCCGACAGAAAGAAGGCAAUGAAGAAGGCAAAGAGGGAGGCACAGAAACAGGAGAAGGCGGCUGCGGAGGCGGCUGCAAAGGCAAAGGAUGAGAGGAAGGGUGGAGAGGAGAAGAAGCAGGAUGAUGACCCGCUAGGAGCUAAGUUGGCGCAGACGACAGAGCCAUUGGAGAAGGCGCUAUUGUGGUUGAAGCCGUUGUUGGAGUUCUCACCUACAUUCUUAGAAGGUCAAACAGCUGGGUUUGAUGUUUAUAUGAAGAGGAAAAAGUACUUGCUUGCACUGAAGUGCUUGCUUGCGGCGCAUAGCAUUGCUCCCGAAGAUCCGGUUGUGCAUGAGCAGAUCGUUCGGUUCCAAAGUUUCCUGGACACGAAACCGGAACUCUCUCCUACAGUUCAAUCGAUAAUAGAUGAAACUUUCACACUAGCUCCAAAGGAGAGCACACUGGCGCAAUUUAACGAGUCGUAUCUAUCAUCCCAAUCUGAUAGUGCUAGAGCUUCUUUCGCGGUCGUGAGGGCUCGACAGGUCCUCGGUCCCUCCGAAGGGACCGAUUCUGAGACGUUAAUAUUUGAGGCUCUGAAGAAGGAGGGAGCAACACUUAAGGAUGCAGUUGAUGGGUUAGCCCUCCUCAAGGAGCUGAAGGGUGAUGUCGGACGAUACACCGAGGAGGCGAGGCAGAGGUGGCCGAUGGCGAAUGUGUUCGAGGUGAAGGCUUGA